GAGAUAUUCUUUUGGGGCAGUCCAAGAUCCUACACAUGUUCUUUUUCCAAACAACAAAAUCUUACACAUAUCUUAUACAAUGACAUUUUUUACACAAAUAUAAUUGAUCAAAAUUCAGAACUACUACAACUUAUUACUUUCAAUGUUUCAAUAUUAGCAACCCAACAAAAAAGAAAAAUUCAAGAACAAGAAAAAAAAAGUGAGAAAAUCUUGAAAGUCUCCAUUUUUAGAGAGAUAAAGAAGAUUCAAAAAGGUUUCACAUUGCUCAUUUUAUUGGCUAUGGAACAUUUUUCAAUGAGUUCAUCAAGUGUUUGUAAAAAUGGGGUAUCUUCAAAUAUUACAAAUUCUUCAUCUUCUUCAUUAGUUUUGGAUAGUCAAAGAGGAGAGCUUGUGGAGGCUAAUGUUAGUCUAGGGAAAAAAGUUGUGUCUGGUGAGAGAAAUACUGCAGCUUUGAAGAAUCAUUGUGAAGCUGAAAGGAAACGUAGGGCUAGGAUUAAUUCUCAUCUUGAUGCUCUUAGAAACUUAGUCCCUGGUGCCAAUAAGAUGGACAAGGCAUCCUUACUUGGUGAAGUAAUAACUCAUAUGAAAGAACUAAAGAGAACUGCAGCCAAAGCUAGUGAAGGUCUUCUUGUGCCAACAGAUGACGAUGAAGUAACAAUCGAAGAACACAAUAAGGAAUCAAAUGGUUCUCCUUACUCAAUCAGGGUAUCACUAUGCUGUGAUUAUAAACCUGGACUUCUAUGUGAUUUAAGACAGGCACUUGAUUCGCUUCAGGUGAUGUUAACGAGUGCACAGAUUGCAACAUUAGGAGGCAGGAUGAAGAACAUUUUUGUGAUGACUAGUUGCAAAGAAAGUACUACAGACUCUGUCCAUCACGUCAUAAGAUCCAUACUCGAUAAAUUUUCUGCCUCAUAUGAGUUCUUGUCAACAUCCGCGCUUUCACAUAAAAGGCGAAGAGUUUCUUUAUUUGAUCCUUCCGUUUCAUCUUCGUCCGGAGAUGUCUGGUGA